UUCAGUAAAUUUAUCGUUUGCUUUUUGUUAAUUUAAUAAGGAAUAUUAAAAUAAAAGUAAUAUGUUUUAUGUCUUUGCAUGAACGUUAUUGAGAAGUACGCCAAAGGAAAUAAAAUAGAUAAAAUGUGUACUCCUGAACAAAUUGAAAAAAAGCGUUUAUUAGCAUUGGAAAGGAGGCAGCAGUCUCAAUUUAAAAUACAAAGUACACCCACAAGUAAUCAAAUUUGUCAACAGCCAAAAUUAAAUGACAAUGAAAAUAUUGCACAAAGGAACAAAACAAACAAUCGUUUUAAUCCUAUAGAACCCAGAAAGUUUUUUAAUCAAAUGUUGUCUGUAACAGGAAAAUGUUAUAUGAUUAGUGAUGAUAGAUUUGCCUUAGAAAUAUCAACAUUUGUACCUGAUAUUAUUGCGACAUUUAAAACAGUUCCAAGUAGAAUAUAUGAUCUUAAAUCUAAAAUAUGGAAUUUCCACAUCAAAGAUUAUAACAGUUUAUUACAGACAUUAUCAUCUAAGCAUUGUAAUUUAUCUAUAACAAAGAUACCAGAAGCUGUCCUUCGGAUAUUCAGAAGAAACUUAAAGUCAGAGAAUCAAUUACCAGAACAAGAUUUAUCAAGAAUUGACAAAACAUUAAUAGAAACUUUAAUGCCGUUUCAACGAGAGGGCGUUUGCUAUGGUAUAUCGAAGAAUGGUCGUUGCAUGAUUGCAGAUGAUAUGGGUUUAGGAAAAACUAUACAAGCGUUAGGUAUUGCACAUUAUUAUAAGGAAAGUUGGCCACUUCUUAUUGUUGCUCCUUCAUCAGUCAAGUAUCAGUGGUCUCAAGCAAUCUAUGAAUUUUUACCAUCCGUACCUACACAUUUCAUUCAUCAUUUUGCGAACACAAAAGAUCAUAUUGGAGAUGACAAAAUCACCAUAACGUCAUAUGAAUUGUUAGUGCGAGCCGUAAAUACUUUCGACAAACAUAUUUUUGGAUUUAUUAUUCUGGCGGAAUUGUAUACGCAGAUUAAUCUUAUUAUUCCACGUUUUAUGAGCUAUGAAGAUUAUGGUAUACGUUAUUGUGCAGGACAGAGAAAUGAGUUUGGUUGGAAUUUCAUAGGCUCCUCAAAUACGCAAGAGUUACAAGUGCUGUUAAAAUCGAAUUGUAUGAUUCGAAGACUGAAAUCUGACGUUUUAAAUCAAUUGCCGUCUAAGAUAAGGAAGGUGAUCAUUUUAGAUUCAACUUUGAUCAAGGCUGGUACUAAGCAAAUGAGGGAGUUAUCGCAAGAAAUAAAAGAAAAUAUCACGGGUUUGGAAAAACAUAAUACUCUAAUAAAAUAUUAUGCCGAGUCUAGCUAUGCGAGACUGAAGGCAGUAUGCCAUUACGUUACAAACUUAUUUGAAAAUAAAACAAAAUGUCUUUUGUAUGCUCAUCAUCGAGUUGUUUUGGAUGCUAUUUGCAAAGUUGCUGAAUCUAACAACAUAAAAUACAUAAGAAUUGACGGCAGUACUAAUUCAGAACAGAGGAAACAUCUGAUUGACACAUUUCAAGAACGUGAUGAUUAUACAGCGGCGAUUCUGUCAAUCACCGCUGCAAAUGCGGGUUUUACAUUAACGACCGCAAAUCUUGUGGUCUUCACUGAAUUAUUUUGGAACCCCGGUAUUUUGUGCCAAGCGGAAGACAGAGUGCAUAGAAUCGGACAAAACGAUACUGUUACAAUACAGUACUUGAUAGCGGAAAACACUGCGGAUGAUUAUAUAUGGCCGUUGAUCAAGAAAAAAAUGAACGUUCUGAACUCGGUCGGUCUUGACCAGGAUUUUUCGGUAAAUAACGUCGAUAUCAUAACGCAGAAAAAAAGCAAGCAACAAGACUUGACAUCUUUCCUGAAUAUUUCCUCGUCUUCUGAGAAAGGAUCGCAGUCGCAGCAUGAUAUGGAGAUUUCUCCAGCAAUUCCAGUAUCUCCCCCAAAUGAUGUUAAAGACUUACUUGAAAUCGAUGAUGAAUGUUUUGACUCCUGCGAUUGGGAUAAUAUUAUGUGAAUAUGCAAUAAUUUAGUAUUCUCUUGCCAUUUUCAAAGACGAUGUAUUAUUUUAUA